AUGGCUCAUCUAGCUUGCCGCAACAAUGUUGGCUGUGAGAUAGUGGCCACAAAACCUACUGUGGAAAAUGUCAUACCAUAUGUGCAUUAUCAACAAACGCAGCCUCGGCUGAAGGGUGUUCAUUUGCUUCAACAGAACGAGCUGCCAAUAUUGUACGGCGGAGGACGCGAUUUUUUAUUUGGUCUAUUUCACACGGAAUGCUACAAGAAUUCCGAGGCUGCCGAAUUGUUCAUCCUAAACACUUGCAUUGUAAUAUGGUUAAGUUCGUUGAACUGUGGGCUCCAGAUCCCAUAUCAAUGUGUGGUUUAUCACGCGGUGAAAGAAACUGAUGACCCAAAUCUCCCGGAAGGUCACCGGCUCGAGCUCGUCAUAACAGUUCAACGUGAUGAUGUUGUGAACCACUUCUUCCCAAAUACAGCUGCGUCAGAACUGUAUACCAUGUCUAGCGUGGAACUAGUGCUGCGACCAAAAUAUGCCAAUUACGAUAGGCAUUACAACGACGACAUGGAACAGCUAUUCAUAUUUAGAGGUUUCGGCCUCAACAGAGGUGACACCAUGGUCACAAAUUGUAACAAGGCGAUAGCCAACUGCAUGGAUUUCUAUCUAAUAGAGGAUGACGAUGAAGAGGAUGAACAUACCAGUACUAAUCGCAACACCAAUUCCAUCCAAGACGAAAACCAAGUCAACAUUGACGAAAACCCCCUGCACAUAUACACGGGUCUUGCUAACCUCGCUAACGAUCCAUCAGCGUUUGCAUCCGCCUAUGCAAACCGUGGAAAUGCCGAUGAUCUCGAUGACGAUGUCACCAUCUCAUCGCUAUCAAACGACGGAACAGAUGCUAGCAUGUCUUUGCAAUUCGACACUGGUCUUCAGAUCGCGGGAAAAAAAAAAAUUCGAUCUGACGAUGAUGAUAGUAUGCACUAUCACUACCAUACCUUGGACAAAAGGCCCAGGGAUCGCUAA